GUGAACACUUGUCUCAUUCAUAAAAACCAAGCAGAACCUUCCUAGCCUGCCAUGCCACGAGUCACAGAGGGGCGUGCAGCGGCCAGGAACCCUCCCUCCGCCAGUGUCGUGCCCCCAGCCACCCGCCCGCAGAAGAAAAGGAGCGGAAGGGAGAGAAAAGUGGCCGAAAAGGGCUUAUAUCCGAGCAUGUGUGUGGUGGUGGUGGUGGUGGCUGGUUGGCCUGCGAGCCGCGCCCCGCCAGCCCGCCCGGCGCCCUGUGCCGUGGUGUUCGGGAGAGAGAAAGAGAGAGAGGGAGGGAGAUAGACAGAGAGAGCCAUCACGAGUGUUCUCUUCGUCCCCCACAUCCUCCUCCGUCGUCGCCGCUGUUGUGGAUCUACCGCGAAGGGACACGCAGGAUAUUUAGGAUACAGUGCAACAGUGGCUUCGUGCCUUUACCUCCUCGCCUCCUCCUCCUCUUCGUCCUCCUCCAGCAGCAGCAGCGAAGGGAGGGAGGAAGCCAUGAUCGUCUGCACGCAAAGGUGGAGGCGGUGAGUGUCAGCCAGGCAUUCGAAUGGCCGUCGAUGCUGACUGACUGACUACCUGAUGCGAGGGAAGGACUGAUGCGGGAUGGAUGGGUGGAUGUAGUACUGCUGCUGCUGCUGCUGCUGCUGUUACGGAGAUGCGAAGUGACUCAUGGUGUGUGGUGGCUGUGAAGUGACGAAGUGACUGACUGGUUGUAGUGAUGUAAGCUCGUGAAUCUCUGCACUGACUAGUGAAGGGUGUAAACAUGAAGUGACUGCAUGUGCUGCUGUACACAAGAAGCUACUGCAAAGUGAGGCAGGCAACAUUGUGGUGUGUGAAGUGACUUGACUGACGAAGAUAAGGUGAAAUAACGCAGCGGAGAUAUCCGAGGAAGCUGUGGUGACUCAACAAGAUGAGCGUGUACAGUACUGUAGUGAGUCAACGUGGAGCGUCAAGUGACUCACCCUGACCUGAAGUAAAGCUUAGGAAGUCACUUAUCUAACGUGUACGAGAGGAAAGCUGGUCGUGUGUGCGUGUGUGACGUGGAAGCAGAUGACUUCCUGUGUACGUGAAGCGUGUGCACAUACAUGUACAGUCCGUAGGUGUUGUGGAGCGGCGGCUGAGGACAUGAUGCCCGACGCGUGCGUCCGGUGAUGUCGCAGGAUGGCCGGAGUCAAGGCGGGGGCGGCGCGGGUGGAUGUGGGGUGUCGGGCGCCCCCUCCAGCCCCCAUGGGAGCCCCAUCACGCUGUCCGUGCCCCGCCCAGACCACCAGCGCACCACCAACCUCUACGUUGAUACGCCCUUCAAGCACCGAGUGUCGCCCCUUGCACUCCCCUCUCACCACCACAGCCGCACCCACGUGGACCUGGCCCUGGUGCACGGCGCGCCUGCACGCGUUAGCGGCAAGCGGCCCAAGUUGGGUUCGGGCGUGACCCCGUCUACGGGCAAGGGCGUCCCGGCCACCAGCAGCGGUAGCGGCUCCACUCUGCAGCCUCAACAGCAGCAGCAACAGCAACAGCAACAACAACAGCAGCAGCAGCAGCUGUCUGCCGGCAGCCGCACGCCGAUCAUUAGCAAGCAACCGGCCGCCCUUACCUUCACCAAGACUGGGAGGGAGGAGAACGAUGGGGAGUCCAUCAUUUGCUCGUGGUGCGGGCGAUGCCGGUGCCAGGCGUGCACCAAGCCCCGGCCGCUCCCCGCCGCCUGGCUCUGCCGCAAGAAGUGCCUCUGCUCGCCCGUUGCCGCCGUCGAAUUUGCUUCCUGCCUGUGCUGCGUGAAGGCCGUCCUCUACCACUGCACCAAAGACAGAGUGUCCGGCCACUCCCAGCUGGCCGACGAACCCUGCUCGUGUGGGGGGUGGGCCUGCCUCGCCCUGGCCGCUAUCCCGAUGCCCUGCCUCCUCUGCUACUGGCCGCUGACGGGGGCGCGCCACCUGCUGGAGAUGAUCUAUCAGCGGUGCACGAGCCACGGCUGCCGCUGUCCAUAGGGAAGGGCCCCACACCUCCAGCCCCUGCCGCCGCCGCCCCCAAAUUGAGAAACGGCUGCUCCACGACUGCGCGUGAGAGAAUUAGCGCCGCGCUGGCCGCCCACCACCGACGGCGGGCGGCCCGGCUCACCCUCUCAAGCUUUAAUACCCUCGGGCCAGGGUGGCCGCCCGGCUCCGCGCCCCGCCGCCCCGUGGAGCGUCGCUGGGUGCUGGUGGGGCGGGCGCGGGCCCCUCCUAGUCAUGGCCGCGCCCGCCGGCCGUCGGCAGCCUCACGGGCACAUCAGGGAUCAAGGCCACGCUCACCAGUCCGCGGGCGGUGGAGGGGCGGCAGCAGGAGGCACCACAUCGUUAGUAAUUUAUUCACACGUUGAUUUGUUGAAGGAUGAAGCUCGUGGUGGAGGCGGCCCGCUGGCGCCGGAGUGCGGUGCCUCUAAGUGCCCCGUUCCGCCCCGCCCCGCCCCGGGGACGCCGCCAGAAUGAAUGGAGUGGGCCACCCCAGUACCUUCUAGUCGAUCAAUUAAUGUUGUUGCGCGAAUGUUGUUGUGGAGAAAAGACGGCCCGACCUCUCCCCUCGCUGGCGGAGUGUGCGGGAAGGGUUUGCCUCUCCCUCCCUCCCUCAGUGACUGGCACCAGCCUGGGGGAGGCCAGUGGGCCCCCGCUCCCCUGAGGCGGCACCGUUGGCAGGGCAGUGCACUGUAGCCUCACUCUGGCUUCCAUGGACGCGCUCAGUGACUUUUUUUGUGCACGGCGAGCGUCUCUUCGCUGCCGCCUCACAGAAAACUUGGAAACCUUUAUGAAGAAAAUAUAUAUGCAUAUAUAAUAUAAUUAUAUACAGUGGGAGACAAGUGAAGCAGGUGGAGGCGGGCGUGCCAGUACGGGUCAGUGAGGAGGACGCCGCCGGAGGAAGACUUGGCGGCGACGACGUGACGUGCACGGCGGAGAGAAAGUCUAUUUUUGAGUGGACGUUGAAACAUGUUUUUCGUCAGAUUUUAAUGAUAGUUAUUUGUUGAUGAGUCGUCGAGGCGAGUCGUUACGAGGGUCGUUAGUCAGUCCGAGAAUAUUUAGGAUGAGUCUUCCUCUCAUUGCCUGAGAGAGAGAUCGAGCGUGAGAGCACACGAGAGAGAGAGAGAGAGAGAGAGAGAGUGCGAGUGCGAGUGCGAGAAUGAGUCAAGUCAACCAGUCAGUCAGUCAAGUUAGUCAGUCGUAAAUACUGGGACGUGACGAGCGAUUCCCAGUCUUCGGUACUACUGUCAUGAGGCUCAAUAUUGCGUGUCACAAACUCAGGGGUCUCGACCUCUGCCCCCCCCAACUCCCCAAGCCACACACACACACACACACACACACACACACACACACACACACACACACACACACACCUUCAGCCCAAAACACACACUCCAGCCCCCCAUCCCUUCCCUCCCUCACCUCCUCCCCCACACAAGCAUGAAGACUGACCACCAAAACGUUUGUCAGAUCCCAGAAAGUAUUUUUUUAUUGCCGUAGAAUAUUUAAUUAAACAAAAAAAUAUGCUAAAAAACAAAAUAAAAUAAUAAGAGGUGAGGGCGUGGCAUUGUCUGCGCCCCCCACGGUGACUUGAUACCCUGAGGGAGGCGAAGACGAAGAGAAGUGACCAGCCUCUCCCUUUUCCCUCUCUUCACUACUACUACUAUUUAUCAGACAGUCUCGCGAGGGCUCAGAGGUUUGCUGAUUGUUCUUCCUUUGUUUUCCUUUGUGCACUACCAUCAAUCACCCUUCCCCUUUUUCUCUUGCUGUUUUUCCAUCAUUCAUUAUUUCCAUUUUUUUUUUUUUUUUCUUUUCUUUUUUAUCAUCUUCCAUAUCGAAUUCAUGUCAAGAACUCAAGUUAUUUUCUUCAUGUUUUUCAUCCGCAUUAUCAUUUUUGUCACCUUGAGCAUCGUCAUUCAUUCUUUCAUUCAUUCAUUGUUCAUAAUAAUAAUGAUAAUCUGCAUCAUAUAUUUUUUUUCUUUUUUUAAAGCAUCUACUACAUGUAACAUUUUUUUUUUUUUUUUUUUUUUUUCUCCAUUUUUUUUCUCGUUUUCUUUUCUCUUCUUCCUGUUUGGGUGCGGGAGAGGCGUCGCUGUCUCGGCCUUGUUGAUGUGUUAAUAAGAUUUAUCGGACAAAUACUGAUUAUUUUCCUUCCCUUGUAAAGUUACUGUACAGAAUUGUCUAUGGAGAGAAAGAGCGAGUGAGUGAGUGAGCAAGAUAAAAUAAUGUACGUACGUGAGGCUGCAUAAUGUGCAUGUGUGUGUGUGUACGUAUCUAUGUAUGUAUACGUAUGUGUAUGUGCGCGAGUGGCAAUUAUGAUCGGUGUAUAAUACUUUAUUGAGAAGCAAAAAAACAACUGCAGUCGUAUGUUUCAGAUACUAUAUCAGCAGUUACUGUAUGUAUGUAAAUAUCAUAAGAUACUGAGCAAUGAAACCAUAACAAAAGAAAACAAAAAAAAAAAUAAGAUGAAGAUUGA